UCCCCAUACGUUUUGGCCGCGGCUUCGCCUCGUCUUCAGCGCUCUCUAUUCCGUCGAAACGACAACUCCCGCUGUCUCCAGCUUCUGUAGCGGAUCCCUUGCAUUGGAUUUAUACUACGGCAGCAUCAGUCCAACUCCGGACUCUUUGCCUUACAAUAACAACAUGGACUGCGAGUGGACUCUGACGACGCCGGAAGGAACCAUCAUUUUCUUCCACUUCACGAGCUUCGAUCUGGAGGACGAUACAAAUUGCAUCUUUGAUUACCUUCAACUCCAGGACACGUCAAGACCUGGACAAUACCUCGGAGGGGGUCGUCUGUGCGGCAGCGAAGUCCCAGACGACAUCUACUCCGUCAGCAACCAGGUCGUAGUCAGGUUCCGUUCCGAUUCCUCCGUCGUUGGCCGCGGCUUCGUCCUCCACUUCGCCAGCCUCUACGUCGAUCUAAUCACAAGCACCACGUCAACAACACCAGAAACAACUUCUAUAUUGAAUUACACAGGCAGACGGCCUUCAUCCACAACUGAUGACUAUAUGAGCAAAGGCGAAUCGACAACUCCGGGUGAAUCGACCACUCCGGGUGAAUCGACCACUCCGGGUGAAUGGAUGACUCUUCCAGAAACUUCCUCCCCUCAAAAGUCGUCCUCAGCCCGAACGACUUAUUGGCCGGAUGUCCUCCCUUCAGGGUACUCGACGGGAACCUGGAUGGACACGACCACUCCGGAUGAAACGACCACUACAGUUGGAUCGACCACUCCGGAUGAAUGGAUGACUCUUCCAGAAACUUCCUCCCCUCAAAAGUCGUCCUCUGCUCGAACGACUUAUUGGCCGGAUGUCCUCCCUUCAGGGUACUCGACGGGAACCUGGAUGGACACGACCACUCCGGAUGAAACGACCACUCCGGAUGAAACGACCACUACAGUUGGAUCGACCACUCCGGGUGAAUGGAUGACUUUUCCAGACACGCCAUUCCCUCAAACGUCGUCUUCAAUUCCACGGGUGUCUUGGCCGGAUGUCCUCCCUUCAGGGUACUCGACGGGAACCUGGAUGGACACGACCACGCCCACCCCCGUCUGCGCCGCCCACAGCGUCCUGACGGCGCCCUCAGGCACCCUGGGCGCCUCCUCGGCCUCCUCGUACCCCGACGACCUCUCGUGCGAGUGGGAGGUCGUGGCGCCGGACGACUCGACCAUCCUGUUCGAUUUCCUCGCCUUCGACGUCGAGUCUUGUAGCUCCUGCAGCUGCGAUUACGUCGAGCUGCUCGACGCGGCGGCGCCCUGGCGGCCUCUGGGCGGAUCCCGGCUGUGCGGCUCCGCGCUUCCCGCCCCCGUGGCCUCGCUAAGCAACCGCGUCGUCGUCCGGUUCGUCACCGACUUUUCCAUCGGCAACAGAGGCUUCGAACUCCGCUACGAAUUCGUCAGCGCCGAGCGGACAGCCCUGCCAGUGACAACAUAAGGUGUUAAUUCCAGCGUGGCGGAUAACGAACAUAUACCGAAUUUUUUGACAAGGAAAAUGAAUUAGUAAAUAAAAAAAGGUGAUUAUUAUUGGAAGCCAGUGACAUAAUAUAAUUUGUGCAACGCGAAUAUAAACACAUAAAUCAACAUUCUGCAAUUGAUAUUAGUUAAUUAUUCACGGUGUUGGGGAAAAAAUAUAUAUAUUCUUAAUAAGAAUUUAAAAGAAUUAAAAUCUUCGCAAAUGUUAAGCUGUUAAAUUACUAACUCGUUUUAAAUACAUUUCCUGUGAUUGUUAAAUUUAAGUUUAAAUGAUAUAACAACGGAUUUUCUCUAUUUUUAAUUAAACAGGGAUUACGAGUAUAUAAUUCAAAUUCCUUUGAACUCGUGCUGCCACCCAAAAAACGUCACUAAAAAUUUUAAUGUUCAAAAUAAAUGAUCCAGAAGUAGA